CUGGACAUUAUGGAGCCGAAAGUUCCAGAUGACAUUUACAAAACACACCUGGAGAACAACCGGUUUGGUGGCAGCGGCUCUCAGGUGGAUUCGGCUCGUAUGAAUCUCGCCUCCUCGUUUGUAAACGGCUUCGUUAACGCUGCGUUCGGACAAGACAAACUGCUCACAGAAGACGGAAACAAGUGGCUGUACAAAAACAAGGACCACGGGAUGCUCAGCGCUGCGGCGUCACUGGGAAUGAUUCUGCUGUGGGAUGUGGACGGUGGUCUGACACAGAUCGAUAAAUAUCUUUAUUCAUCAGAGGACUACAUCAAGUCCGGGGCUCUGUUGGCGUGUGGAAUCGUGAACUCUGGUGUUCGUAAUGAAUGUGAUCCUGCUCUCGCUCUGCUGUCUGAUUACGUCCUGCACAACAGCAACAUCAUGAGGAUCGGAGCCAUUUUUGGGCUCGGUCUGGCAUACGCCGGCUCAAACCGAGAGGAUGUGCUUUCUCUUCUACUUCCUGUCAUGGGAGACUCCAAAUCCAGCAUGGAGGUAGCAGGAGUGACGGCUCUGGCGUGUGGGAUGAUCGCUGUGGGUUCCUGUAAUGGUGAUGUCACUUCCACUAUCCUGCAGUCCAUCAUGGAGAAGAGUGAGCAGGAGCUGAAGGACACGUGCGCUCGCUGGCUGCCACUCGGCCUCGGACUCAAUCACCUCGGUAAAGGUGAGGCGAUUGAGACAACACUGGCCGCUCUUCAGGUGGUCCCCGAACCGUUCCGCAGCUUCGGAAACACACUGGUGGAUGUCUGCGCAUACGCAGGCUCCGGGAACGUGCUGAAGGUGCAGCAGCUGCUCCACAUCUGCAGCGAACACUUCGACAACAAAGACAAAGACGACGACAAAGACAAGAAGGACAAGAAAGACAAAGACAAGAAAGAGUCCGCAGACAUGGGCUCACAUCAGGGUGUAGCGGUGUUGGGAAUCGCUCUCAUUGCUAUGGGUGAGGAGAUCGGCUCAGAAAUGGCCCUGCGCACGUUUGGUCACCUGCUGCGUUACGGUGAGUCCACGUUGCGGAGGGCCGUCCCGCUGGCGCUCGCUCUGAUCUCCGUCUCCAACCCGAGGCUCAACAUUCUGGACACACUCAGCAAAUUCUCCCACGAUGCCGAUCCUGAAGUCUCACACAACUCCAUCUUCGCCAUGGGCCUGGUGGGCAGCGGCACCAAUAAUGCGCGUUUGGCAGCGAUGCUCAGACAGCUGGCGCAGUACCACGCCAAAGACCCCAACAACCUCUUCAUGGUCCGACUCGCACAGGGUCUGACUCACCUGGGUAAAGGCACGCUGACGCUCUGCCCGUAUCACAGUGACCGGCAGCUCAUGAGUCAAGUGGCUGUCGCCGGGCUGCUCACCGUCCUCGUGUCCUUCCUGGACGUCAAAAACCUGAUCCUGGGGAAGUCUCAUUAUAUCCUGUACGGUCUGGUGGCGGCGAUGCAGCCUCGUAUGCUGGUCACGUUUGAUGAGGAGCUCAGACCGCUACCGGUGUCCGUCCGGGUUGGACAGGUAGU